UUGAGGGUUAGUCCGUGUUGCGCCGUUGAAUGAAGCAGUUCACUCAGCCUUUCAAUAGAAACAAAUUGUGUUUACAACGGUAUUAAGCUGUUUUUAAUACGUCGAUGAAGGAUUUUAAGUUUACUACGACGACACAGUUCAAGUAAUGAAUAUUUGAAUAUUUACUGGUAUUUUGGACAUUUUUCUUGGGACAUUAUUGAAAAGUGUUGGUUAACAAUUGGUUGAGAAGUUUGAUGAUGACACAGACUUGCAAUCAGAAGCGCAAUGCUUACAGCAUUGAACAACUACUUGGUCAUUCGACGAAAAAUGAAGAUGAUUCGAGACCAUCACAAACGGUGGGUCAUCUCUCCACCGAUGAUGAGGAACUACUUGCGGGUAGUCAGGGAUAUAAUUCAGUGGUGCCAGUAAAAAUAGAUGACAUGGAUAGACCAAAAAAGGUCAGAAGAUCGAGAACAACAUUUACAACUCAUCAGUUACAUCAGUUGGAGAAAGCAUUUGAGAAAACUCAGUAUCCAGAUGUCAAUUACAGGGAAUCACUAGCUUCCAAUUUAGAAUUGUCCGAGGCUCGAGUUCAGGUAUGGUUUCAAAAUCGUCGUGCUAAAUGGCGAAAGAAGGAAAAAAUUCUGGGGCGUGAGCCAACUUAUAUGCACGUUGGACAAGGAGAUGUCAAUGAAUUAUCUCUUCACGCCCAUUUUCUCCAAUCGGCUGGAAUCCCAGGUGGAAAUCCAUCGGGGCCUCCCAAUAGUUUUCUCUGGCCAGCUCUGAUGCCACCGAUGUUCACAGCCCCAUGGCUAUCUAAUGCUCUGAAGAUGCCCCAACUCCAUGCAAUACUAUCUCAAUAUAAUGGACUGGGUCCCCAAAACCUCGCAUCCCUUAUUCCACCGGGAUUUCCAUCAAAUAUUCUAGCGCAAUCGCAAAUUCAACAUCCUCAACAUGGACGAGGACCUCAACAUCCUCUUCUCGUUGACAUUCAAAAUAUUCCGCAGAAUUUGAGCUCGAAGCAUCAACCGGAACGUGAUGAUGAUUCAGCUUCCUCUGACGAUGAGAUGAGGAGACAGGUGCAGAGCGCUCAUGGCCUCAGGGCUAAGGCCGAAGAAGUCAUUCGCAAGUCUGGUAAUUAGGGGAUGAGCGGUUUGGCAGGUUACCAUUGACACUCAGAGUCAUUACCGCGAAAUAUUUGACGAUUGUUGGGGGUUUUCGGCAAUUUCCUCUUUUGUUGAUCGUUUUAUUGGAUUUCACUGUGGAAUUUGCGAGAAUUGCGAGGGUUUUUUUUAGGAGAGAUGAGGGCUUCUUCAUUUUUGGGAGUUGUGCGGGGACAUCUUUAUUAUUUCAUGCGAACAAUUCUGGGAAAUUGAUCAAGUAUCGAUUUUUUGUGAAACAUUUUGUUCUUGGAAAUAAAGAAUCAAAGUCGUUAAGAAAAUAAACGAUUGAUAGUGAAUGAUUAAGAAAUUAUUAAACUAUUCGAUUAAAUUGAAAGUUUAAUGAAAAUGAUUUUGAAUAUUUGCUUGCAAAUAUUCAAAAUCAUUCAAUUUAAUUGUUUGAAAUAUAGGCUCGAUCGUUCUGAAAAUACGCCCAAUCGUCGCAUAAUUCCAUAAAAAAACGAAGAGAUUCUGCUCUGUUUGUUCUGCUUUGCUCUGUUCGACUAGUCUUGUUUUGUUGAUUCACGCGAAAUCUCGUGCAUAUUUAAACAAUUAAAUUCAAUUGUGUGUAUCGUAUUUAACCUCAACAUGGCCAUUCACCACACAUGCGCAUAUUUCACUGAUGUUAACGAUACUCACCACGAAUAGUCGAUUGUGCGGUUUCGAUAAACAAUACACCUGUGGUUCCUGGAUUUUCUCUUUACACUUGUGUCUGGUUAUCUAUCCAUUCGUCGAGUAAAGUAAACAAAUGAGUGAAGAUGUCCCGGACGAUACCCGAGGAUUGAUAAAACCACCCAAUUUUUGUACAAUAAACGUUGUAUCAUAAAUAUCAAUAACCAUGUAAAUAUGUAGGUAUUGAAUUAUUAUAAUAUUUCAUGAAGGGGAGGAGUGGUGGGAGAAUGAAAAUACAUGAGAAUAUAAAACAUA